UAUAAUGCAAGUUAACUUUUACUUCCUUGUACACACACGCGGAUAGAGGAACUGGCCGUUUUGCGAGUGGCCUUUUUGUCAGCGCUCUACAUCCUCUCCUGUUUCACUUUAAAACUUUCCAAUCAUGAUUAGAUAGAAGACAAACGAGCGGCGACUUUGGGGAGCUGUAAGGAAUCGAUUUCACUCACAAGCUGCAGAGAUGGCUCGUUUGGGGCAGCAGGGCGAGAUGACGGAGUACAGGAAGAUCGUGAUCAAGCGGGAUCUUGAGAUGGGCGUGGUCAUGACGGUGUUUCGGCAGAAGGCAGAGCGGCUCACUGUGCAGGUCAUCAUGGAGACCCGUCAGGUGGCGUGGACACGUACCGCAGACAAGACUGAUGGCGUCUUGGACCUGUCUGAGAUCCGAGAGAUCCGUCCGGGAAGGAACUCCAAGGACUUUGAGCGCUUCAAAGAUGGGAAGGACAAGCACGAUGAGAGCACCUGCUUCACCAUCUUCUACGGCUCCCAGUUUGUUCUCAGCACCCUCAGUCUGGGAGCUGAUUCUGUGGAUGAGGCGCAGAAAUGGCUGGUGGGACUUGAAAUGCUGAGGGAGGAGACUCGGGCAUCACCGACCCCAGUGCUCAUAGAGAGCUGGCUGAGGAAGCAGAUGUAUUCUGUUAAUCAGACCAAGACAAACAGCAUCUCCUUGAAGGAACUGAAGGCGCUGCUUCCUCUGAUGAACUACAAGGCCCCGAGUUCUCGCACUCUGAAAGAAAAAUUCCAGGAAGUGGGCUCGAAGAAGGAUCGCCUGGACUUUGAGCAGUUUCAUAAAUUUUACAACCUUCUCAUGUUUGAGCAGAAUGAGAUUCUUGACGAGUUCAAGAAAGAAUCCUGCGCCUUCAUUCUGGGUAACACAGACAAACCGGAUGCCUCGGCCGUUCUCCUGCACGAUUUCCAACGAUUUCUCAUCUAUCAGCAACAGGAAACUUGGGCCAAUGAUCUGAACCAAGUCAGAGAGGUGAUGACAACUUUUAUUGAUGACACCAUGAGAAAAACCAAUGACCCGGAGUUCACCGUCAGCGAGUUCCUCGGCUUCCUGUUUUCCAAGGAGAAUUGUAUUUGGGAUGAGAAGUUCUCAGACAUCAGCAACGUGGACAUGAACAACCCUUUGUCACAUUACUGGAUCAACUCCUCACACAACACCUACCUGACAGGUGAUCAGAUUCGCAGCGAGUCGUCCACAGAGGCUUAUGUCCGCUGUCUGCGUCUGGGAUGCCGCUGCGUCGAAUUGGACUGCUGGGAGGGCCCCGGGGAGCCAAUCAUUUACCACGGCUGGAGCAGGACGACGAAGAUCAAGUUUGAGGAUGUGGUCAGAGCAAUAAACGAGCACGCUUUUGUCACCUCGGAGUUCCCGGUGAUUCUGUCCAUAGAGGAGCACUGCCCUAUAGAUCAGCAGCGUCAGAUGGCUCGUAUUUUCAGAGAAGUAUUUGGAGACAAACUGCUGAUCGAUCCCGUGGAGCACCUGGCCGAGCAGCUGCCUUCACCCACGCAGAUGAAGGGCAAGAUCAUACUCAAGCACAAGAAGAUCAACAUGGAGGGAGGAUUUACCGUCAAGGAUGUUAGAAAGGGACAGAAAGAAGGAGACCUGGAGAUCUGGGACCCUGUGGAUCAGCGCUGGAACAAGCACUACUGUGUGAUCUCUGACGACAAGCUGUACUACGCAGAAGAGUACGAGGAUGAGGAAGAGGAUCCCAGGAAGUAUCAGGACCUUCACUGCUCGGAGCCGUGGUUCCACGGUCGCAUGAAGGAAGGCAGGCAGAUGGCCGAGCGGCUGAUCCAAGAGUACUGUAAAGAGACCGGCGGACGAGACGGCACCUUCUUGGUCCGACAGAGCGAUACCUUCGUUACAGACUAUACGCUCUCCUUCUGGCGAAGCGGGAGGGUGCAGCACUGUCGCAUUCGCUCCGUCACAGAGGGCGGACACACCUCCUUCUACCUGACGCCAAACCUGCACUUUCCCAGCGUGUACGCCCUGAUCCAGCACUACAGAGACAACCCGCUGCGCUGCCAGGACUUUGAGCUGCGCCUCACCGAUGCCGUACCAAAACCCGACUCACAUCUGCAAGAAGGGUGGUUCUACAGUAACCUGAGCAGAGGUCAGGCAGAGGAUUACCUAAUGAGGAUUCCCAGAGAUGGAGCUUUUCUCAUCCGGCAGAGAGAAGGAGAACCAGACUCCUUUGCCAUCACAUUCAGAGGUGACGGUAAGGUGAAACACUGCCGCAUCCAGAAGGAGGGCAACAUGUAUCUGCUGGGCACCACUACGGAGUUCGAGAGCCUCGUGGAGCUGGUCAACUACUUUAAGAAGAAGCCGCUGUAUCGCAAGAUUAAGCUACGCUACCCGGUCACGCCCGAGCUGGUCGACCGCUUCAGCACAGAGAAGAACUGUGCCUCUCUAUAUGACGUGAAGACGUAUGUGGAGCCCAAUGAGAUCGAGCCCUCGCUGCCUAAAAAUACUGUGAAGGCAUUAUACAGCUACCAGGCGAGGAGGCCAGAUGAGCUGAGCUUUCAACAAGGAGCUUUGAUACACAACGUGUCCAAAGAGGCUGAUGGAUGGUGCAGAGGAGACCACGGUGGAAAGUUACAGUUAUUCUUUCCUGCUAACUACGUGGAGCCAGUGUCCAGCAACACCGAGCAUGUCACCAGAGUGCAGGAAAUGGAAGAUAACCCACUAGGUGAACUAUGUCAGGGCGUCGUGGACAUCUCCAAAUGCAACAUUCAAAACUUGAAGAAUGGUAAAUACGGGAAGCCCCAUGCAGUGACCUUGCAGGACAAGGAUGAAGACAGUCUGCAGUUUGACUUGACUGCAGGUUCUCUGGAAGAGCUGUUUGAAUGGUACAAGGUGGCAUGGGACAUUAUUCAGAGAGCAGCGAACAAGCAGUACAGCAAGGAGCAAGAGAUGAAACAACAGGUGGAAGUGGAGAAGAAGGCAGAGGUUGCCAAGGAGAUGUCGGAGGUGGUGGUCUACUGUCAGCCACGCAGCAAAGAGAAGGACCGCUUUGACAGUUACAGCUACAAGGAGGUCCGCUCCUUCGUGGAGAACAAGCUUCCAGGGAAGAGCCGCACCAAAGACUUCCUGCAGUACAACCGCAAAGCUCUGAGUCGUAUCUACCCGAAAGGCCAGCGCGUCGAGUCCUCAAACUACGACCCUUACCCGAUGUGGGCCCUCGGCUGUCACAUGGUGGCUCUCAACUUCCAAACAGCAGAUAAAUACAUGCAGCUGAACAACGCCCUCUUCAGUCUGAACGGACAAACGGGCUACGUGCUGCAGCCGGAGUUCAUGCGCAUGGAUAGCUACGACCCUCAUCAGGAGAAGAAGGAAGUCAAAUACAAAAUUGUGGUCAAGGUGAUUGCUGCCAGACACCUUCCGAAGCCAGGCCGCAGCAUCGCCAGUCCAUUCGUGGAGAUCGAGCUGUGCGGGCACACAGAGGAGAAGUACAAGACCAUCGUCUAUCGUGACAAUGGUCUGAACCCAGUGUGGAAAGGCUCAGAGCGCGUAGUCUUGAGUGUGUAUGAGCCUGAACUCACCUUCCUGCGCUUCGUCGUCAACGAGGAGGACAUGUUCUCAGACCCCAACUUUCUGGCGCAGGCCACGUUUCCUGUGAAAGGCCUCCGCUCAGGUUACCGCUCUGUCCCUCUAAAGAACGGCUACAGUGAAGACUUGGAGCUAGCUUCUCUUCUGGUCUACAUCAGUGUGCAGCAGGCCGGGAAAGCGGAGGAGGAGCUGUACUCGUCUUCCAGCCAGCUGAAGAAGAAGCAGGCAGAGCUGAGCGAACCCUUCCUGUACGACACACACAGCAACCUUCAGCGAUCCUCCCUGGCCCAGCCCACCAACAACCUCAUGAGGAAGGGCAGCACUGGUGAAAAUCCAAGGUCAAGGGAAAAGAAGAUAAACAACAGUAAAUUUUACUCCUGAGGACUCAUUUGUCUAACCUGUGUGAGCAGCAGGCUUUAAAUCUACUAUCAAUGUUUGCUAUGGGAGCUGUGAUCUGGAAGAUCUUUUUUUUCCCCAUCUUUCCACCAAAGAUGGCGACAUUCCAGUAGCCCGAAUGGUUUUCUAUUUAUUUAGGAUUGAAAAAAAUUGUUUGUAAUGUUUUGGAGUUUUUGAAAUAUGGAAUUGCUGGAGGAAAUGUAAGAGGCCAUUACAACGGUCCGAGACGCCAGCGUUGUGCUUGAUAUGUUUGCAUUCAGUCUGUUAUCAAACUGCAUCAUGUUACACUGAUGGUAUUUAUUUUUAAUUAAAGAGCUGAGUCUAAAAUAAUGAAGGUUUCACUGCAGUGGCUGUUCUGCUGUCAGGGAGCUUGUGUUUAAUUCAUUUUAGUCCUCUUGAAUGUGUUGUUGUGUUUUUGCUGUGCAGUUUCACCAGUGUGACGUUUUUCUUCACAAUGUUUGUUUGAUGUGGAAAUCCGAUCUGUAAUCUCAUGCAGUGAGUGUUUCCUCUAUUUAAUAUGAAGGCAGAUUGUGGUUAUAGCUUUCCCAUAAUUCCUCUGUGACUUCCUCAUGAAUUGAGUCAAUAAAGUAUGCUUGGUGAACGAUA